GAGUGAAACAGCGCAAGCUCUUCGCCGGCCGUGUUCUGAUUCGCUAGCAACGGGGCGACACAAGCCACACGCGUGCUUCUUGCGCUAGCCGCGCUAACCCACAGCGCGCAGCGUACGUUCUUCAACGCUCUUCAGUCGUUUCACUCGUUCGCGUCGCUCGGUCCAGACAAACCAGACAAACCUGGGGAAAACGCGCGCGUGCAUUCAGUGCAACGGGCCGAAUCCAAAGCCGACCGUUGAUUGAAGGUCACACAAUUAUAGCCGAUGUGCAUCUCCAGUUAAAGAUAAAUUGCCCACGAUGAGUUCGCCAAACGAAGAUAAGAAAGACAUCGAGAUGGAAGAGCGUGAAAAAAAGAUGAACGAGGAGAAUAAAGCGCACGACAACAUCACCAAGGCAGAUGAUGCAGUCGUCAGCGAAACUGAAAACGAGAAAGAUAAAAGCAAGGAAAAGGAGGCCGAAGCUACCGGCAAGAUUAAAAUUGAUGACAUUAAAGACAAAGAGGUCAAACCCAAGAAGAUUCCGACUGGUGGCAUCCAACUACCAGGAUUUUUCACGAGAAGCAAGUCCAGAGAAAAGUGCAAGGAUGCAGAUGAAGAGACUGGGGAAGGUACAGAACUCGUAGAGCAAGAGAAGGAGGCACAACCAACAAGGAUAAAGCUUCCUAAUCCAUUCAGAAAAUCAAAACUUGUCAACGAAGAAGAUGAAAAGCCAAAUGAACCCUCAGGAAGUUUCAAAGAAAAAAUAAACAAACUAUGCCUUCCAAUAACGACGGUCCUCCCUGGCAAAAAAGAACCCGAGCAAAACCUGGAAAACCAAACAAAGGCCGGUCUUGCCUCAAUGGAAACCCUCGAUGACAACGAUAAAACCGCCGAUGCGAAACCCGACGAAAUGAAAACUAUCCCACUGGACGACAAGGCCGAUGAUAAAGAUAAAGAUGUUGAGAAACAAGUCGAGGACGAACCAACAUGGCGGCACAAAAUGAAAGCAUACCGCUACGCACUCAGUGCACUCCUUGGAUUCACGCUGCUCUUUAUAAUUAUUCUCGCGAUAAUCAUCCCCAGCGGUCGACGCGUAUACGAUGCCCCGAUCCGCGACGGCAUGUACGUUGAGGCAGUCACCAGUUGUGGAUUAGUGGAAGGUAUAUUGAACGAUGGCGCAGUCGCAUUCAGAGGUAUUCCGUACGCGCGGCCACCGUUAGGCGAUUUACGUUUUAAACCGGCGCAGCCCUUGAACAGCAUCGACUAUUGUUGGAACGGCACGAUGAAAGCUCACAAUGCGACCGAAACGUGCUUGCAGAUACAUAGCAAUGGUACCUUGACCGGAACCGAAGAUUGUCUUACCAUUGACGUUGUAACGCCGUACGUGCGUUACGAAUCCCCUCUACCGGUGAUUGUACUCAUUGGCACCGAGAGUUUGAACGGUGGAUCACCUGGUAAGAUGCGUCCUUCUGCAAGAUAUGCACGUUCUAGGGAUGUAUUAUUCGUCAGACCAAACUUCCGAAUGGGUGCGUUGGGAUUCAUGGCUUUGGACAUUUUGAGUAAAGAUGUUUAUCCUUUCACAAGCGGAAACUACGGACUGAGCGAUAUAAUCGAAGCUUUGAAGUGGAUCCAGUUAAAUAUUGAGCAUUUUGGUGGUGAUCCCAAGCAAGUAACUUUGUUUGGACAUCGUGCAGGUGCCACUCUUGUAACUGCUCUGUCUACAAUCAAGAAAGCUAAUACUUUGUUCGCGAGGGCCUGGGCCACCUGGGGUUCUCUAUUCCCGAAUAAACUUCUAGCUGACGCUGAGAAAGAAAAUGAAAGCUACCUCGCUGCAGUAAACUGUAAGGAUGUCGAAUGUCUGCGUAAAGCUGAUGCGGGUGACUUGAUGAAAGCCGUUGAAGACACAUGGCGUCAACCCAAUGCUGAUUUACCUUCCAAAGAUGAAGAUCCCAAGAACAAACACGAAUGGCUUGUUUUAGACGGUAAGAUACUUCUUGAACACCCUGCUACCAUUUGGGCUAGUGAAGAAGGACUUCCUGUCAAACUUGUGUUGGGUUCCACUGCUCAUUCAGCCGCUAAUGACAAACUACUUAACAAAAACAAAGAAUGGACUGAGGAUCUCGUUGCGCAUCAUGUUCGCUCUUCUCUUUUGGGUAAUUUAAGUCUUGCUGAAGAGGCACUGACACUCUAUCCGAAAACAUAUAAAGGUCUUGCUCAAAUGGUUUCUGACAUCCGUGUAGUCUGUCCAUUAUUCGCUAUUUCAACUCAAAUGGCGAACUCUACAUUUUAUGUUGUGACGCAAGUGCGUGGAGAGCAAAAUUUAAGCGAUGCUGAUUCCGAUGUUGACGCCAUUUUAGGCCGAUAUGAACCACGAACACCCGAACAACGACGCUAUUUCUCCGCGAUUCAACAACUCUUCUACCACUUUGUGUGGCAUGGGAAGAUCUCAUCCGAGGUGCACACUAAGGUGUUUGUCGUCGAGCAGGAUGUGAUGCCAGCACAAAACUACUCUCGCUGCGACUUCUGGAUCAACAAGGACGUAGUGCUCAAGUAUGCUCAACUUGAUUAAGUAAUUCUAAGGGCCAAUUGAAGAUUUUGUACAUUUUUGACCGUAAAUUCAUAUUAAUCAGACUAAAAACACACUUUACGAACCAAAAAAAAGACUGCUACAUCCAUGCCAAAAUAUGAGAAUGAGAGCUUUUUAUUGGAAGCACACAAAUGAUCUCAUAUUUUUGAUAAAUCUAGAUGUAGGCCACACUUGCGCCAAACUUGCACCGCAUUAAGUUUGCAACAGCAGCUGACGAAUCUAAUUUAUUGUAAAAUGUAAGUUUUUCUUUGCUUUUCUCAACGAAAAGCAACUUAAGACACAACGACGACUGAAAGAGGCAAAGAAGCAAAGCGACCAGUGAGAUAUUUACAUGUUUUUUUCGACUUUUCUUUAUGUAUAUCAAAACGUAAAUAUCUAAUAUCUAGCUUUAGUUGUGUAAGGUAUAAAAAUUGUAAGUUAAGUAAUAUAUUUAUUACGUCCUAGUUUAUAGUUUACCCCAAGGAAAACAAAUAAUUGAACCAAUCUUUGAACGGAAGUGAAGGAGGCGCAUAUUUUUUGUACGUAAUGUUUGCUACGUUUUACUUCCGCAACGAUAUGACAUUAGCUUGAUCAAUCAAAAUGUAACUUGUAAAUGUAAACCGUGAAAUAUAACAUGCUGUGGAAGAUAA